GUAGUAUGUUCCUAGCUUUAUCGCUCUACACAAAGAGCAUUGAAUCACUACUAGAUUACUGUUUCUUUGACACUACUAGAUUUAAUCCAUUAGAUUGGCGAUGAUUUAAUUGUUCCCGUCUGAAUUAGCCUUUUUAAUCAUCACAGAAGUCUGCAAAGUCUGUUACCAUUGUAAAAAAAAAGAAACGUCAAAGUUUUUCUAGUCUAUGAGUGUUGUGUUGGUUGUUUUGUGAUCGAUUUCCCCGCAUUUUUCAGAUUAUAUGUAUUCGGAGGGUUAAGCGAUUUCCUGCCCAAAGCGGGUCAGCGCUCCCCAGCCGGUCUGAAGGGGUGACUAAUGAAAAUAUGUCGUUAAACGUGAAUCAUGUUAAUCAAUAAAAAGUGUAUUGAAUUUUCAUUUCGCGAGAAUUAAUUUUAAAAUGUUGGGAUUUUUUAAAGAAGGAUCUAGGACGUAUUUGAUCGGUUUGUAACUAACCGGCUAUGGUUUCAGGCUUUCUAAACUUUAUUCUGGGUGCAAAGUUGUCAUAUGUGGUGUGUUGACACAUGUAGUGUAGUGUUUUGCGGGAGGCGCGGACAUGGCGCUGGGCGGCGCGGUGCAGAGCGCCAGCAUGCUGGAGCUCCUGCUGGAAGAGAUCAACUUCCAGCGUACCAAGGAGAUGCGCCAGCUCAUGAAGGAUGAGUCGGGUUUCGUGGUGCUCCAAGGCACGACGUACUGGACGGACCUGUUCGUGCGCCACUUCCUCUUCCAAGAGGAGAGGUCCAUCGACUGUGAUGACCUGCUAUUCUUCGUGCGCAAGCGCCACGUCAAGGGAUCUUCGCGGUAUCUGCCUAAGUACGAGGUAUACGCGUCGCCCAGCCGCCGCAAGAUGGACACGAAAGGCGAAGGCGAGGAGAUCACCUACCCCCACAUAUGCUUCAUGGUCGAUAACUUCGAUGAGGUAUUCAGUGACAUGGUGGUACGCGACGGCGAAAUGGUGUGCGUGGAGCUAGUGGCGCGAGGGCGCGGCGCGGACGCCCUAGCGGUCUUAUUCCUCGGAUCUAUACGCUACGACGCGUUAUCCAGGGUCUACGACUCACGGCAAUCAUCGCUAUCAACGAAGGUAGCGCAGCGCAUGUCGUUCGGGCUACUAGGGCGCGCGGCGGCUCGCUGCGAGUUCGUGCGCAUGAAGGGGCCCCACGGCAAGGGGCACGCCGAGAUGGCGGUGGCGCGGCCGCGGGGCGCCGGCGUCGACACGCCCACGUCGGAGCCCGGCCUGGCCGCCACAGACCUCUGGGACAGCGACUGGGAGGAGGACCCGGAGGAGUUGUUCAUGUACCGACACCAGCGUCGCCUAAGCGACCCCAGUGCCAACCUGAACAACUACUCGCGCGGCGGCUGGCGCACCAAGGACGGCAAGGACAAAAGCCGAUCGGAGAACGAGGGGCUCGACUCGCUCGUCUCAGGCCUGGCCGAGGUGCAAGCCGGGGAUCUCCGGGACGAGCUGGAUGACGGCGCGUACAACCCGCUGUGGGCGAUGCGCGGCUUCACGCAGACGUUCGCGCUGUGGAAGGAGGGCAAGCGCGCCUCCUCCGCGCCCCUGCACGCGUACCUCACCUACGUCACGCUGCCCUGGUGGUGCAUCGCCAAAGAUAUUCUGGACCAUCGCGAAGAACCCAUCCUAACGUUUUGAACUCCGCUCCGAAUAGAACUGACACCGAUAUGUACGAGUAAAUGCGACUUUCCAUUAGUAUAAGGUAUGCAAUGCCAUUCUAUGGUGGAAAACUACACUCAACUUCAGAACGACACUUUUGUACAUAUUCUACAAUUUAUCUUAUACUUUGGUUUAGUGACUAAGGAUACUGCAAAAUGUAAGAGUCGAAACAAAGUACUCUGGACGAACUUUUGCGAAUACAAUUUUG